AUGGGCAGUAGUUGUUGGUCGGAAUUUGGAGGCAUUCGUCGACAUCAGAAACAAAGCACCGAAAGGACCGGAAUUUUGGAGGAAAGAGAGAAAACUCAAAUGAAAUUACAAUCACCACCAUAUCCACUUCAACAAACGCAACAUUAUUCCGGAUCACAGCAAUCUCUUACGUUGAGAUCUCAUGAAUCUGGCAUAUCGCUUCGACAACAGCAAGAGCAAUUGAGAAGACCGAAAUCUGUUUAUCGUGAAGAUUUUCUCCCAUAUAAAACAUUAAACCUUCAACCCACUCGGAUAUCACAAGAAUUUGUCACGCCUAGAAAUUCUUUUAUAAUAGCACCAACUGGAGGUCAACAACCUUCACAUCAUCUGUUCCAAGAUCAUCUACGCCGCAGUUCAAUGCCAGCUGUUUGGACUACACCUUUAAGUCGUACAUCACAAGAAUUCGAAUUUAUUCCACCUAGAAAUUUAGUGACAACAAGAACAUCUACAGGAUUGCAUGUCAUCCAAAAUAAUUCAGUUAUGAUGACCCCUACUGGACCACAACCAUUACACCGUUUAUCUCAGGAUAGUACUUCCUCAGCGAGACGGAAUUCGACUCCGGGAGGAAUAAAAUUCAAAAUCAUGGAUCCUGACGGCACAGAUAUAAAGAAUGAAAAUAUCUUUCCAGAUGGAAUAAAAAUUGAGAAAUCUCAAUACCAACAUUUCGCGGUGAAGUUUUUAUGGAAAGGAAAUUUUAUGGCACCCGUGAAAGAAAUGUUAAAGACUCAAGGGACUAUGGUUUUGGACAUUGGCUGUGGGGAUGCAAGUUGGAUAUUUGAUACGGCGAAAGAUUACCCGAAUUCACGAUUUAUUGGUAUCGAUAUACAAUCAGAUUUAGCAUGGAAAAAAAAACAGACGAAUGUUAAAUUUCGCGAAUUUGACUUUGCUAAUAAUGGAUUACCAUACAAAAAUGAUUAUUUCGAUUAUGUUCAUGGGAGAUUUCUUGGCACUCAAUUCACUGAAAGCGAAUAUUGCAAGAAGGUAAUAGAAGAGUCUAUUCGUGUUACUAAACCUGGAGGAAUAAUUGAAUUGUUUGAAUCUGAAUUUCGAUGGGUUAAUGAAGGACCCGCGUUAAAAAAAUUGCUCGAUGGAUAUCGAGAAAUGUUAGAGUUAAAAGACAUUAAUCCCCAUCUCAGCCUAAAUAUCGGCAGAUACUUGCGAGAUACUGGUUAUGUGAUACAUAUACGAACUGAGACGAGACUAUUACCUCUUGGAGGAUGGGCCGGCCGUCUUGGUGAAAUUGCAAGCGAAGUAAUCAAAGAUGGUCUAGAAGACGGCAAAAUUGCGUUAUCUCAAUCAAUGCAUAUGUCAUCAACUGAAUAUGACUCACUUUGCAUGGAAGCAACUUUUGAAUUCGACGAAUACAAUGUACAAAUGCCCACUGUUCGAUGGUAUUGUACUAAGCGACAACCUAGACGCAAUUCGUUGUUUGUCCCUAUUUAA